AUGCAUUCCAAGCUUCUCAUUGCGAAUCUUGCGGUACAGUGGUGCUGCGGGGACGUUGCCCGCAGUGUCUUCCAUGCUUGUGAUCGCGAAUCUUGGGUACACUCGGGCAGCCUGCCCGCAGUGCCUUCCAAGCUGUUUAUCGCGAAUCUGGGGUACACUCGGUGCUACGGGCAGCCUGCCCACAGUGCCUUCCAAGCUUUUCAUCGCGAAUCUUGGGUGCAAUCGGCGCUGCGGGCAGCCUGCCCGCUGUGCCUUCCAAGCUUUUCAUCGCGAAUCUUGGGUGCUGCAUGCAGCCUGCCCGAAGUGCCUUCUAAGCUUUUCAUCGCGAAUCUUGGGCGCUGCGGGCAGCCAGCCCGCAGCGCCUUCCAAGCUUUUCAUCGCGAAUCUUGGGUACAUUUGGUGCUGCGGGCGAAUCUUGGGUACCCUCAAUCUGCGGGCAGCCUGCCCGCAGUGCCUUCCAAGCUUUUCAUCGCGAAUCUUGGGUACAUUCGGUGCUGCGGGCACGCUGCCCGCAGUGCCUUCCAAGCUGUUCAUCGCGAAUCUUGGGUACACUGGGUGCUGCGGGCAGCCUGCCCGCAGUGCCUUCGAAGCUUUUCAUCGCGAAUCUUGGCUACAGUCGGUGCUGCAGGCAGCCUGCCCGCAGUGCCUUCCAAGCUUUUCAUCGCGGAUCUUGGGUACACUCGGUGCUGCGGGCAAUCUGCCCCGAAGUCGUGCCUUUUCGCUAAUCUUGGGUACACACUCGGUGCUGCAGGCAGCCUACCCGAAGUGCCUUCCAAGCAUUUCAUCCCGAAUGGGUACACUCGGUGCUGCAGUGCCGUCCAAGCUUUUCAUCGCGAAGCUUGGGUACAGUUUGUGCCCUGGGCAGGCUGCCCGCAGUGCUUUCCAAGCUUUUCAUCGCAAAUCUUGGGUACACACGGUGCUGCGGGCAGCCUGCCCGCAGUGCCUUCCAAGCUUUUCAUCGCAAAUCUUGGGUACACUCGCUGCGCGCAGCCUGCCCGCAGUGCCUUCCAAGCUUUUCAUCGCGAAACUUCGCGCACACUCGGUGCUGCAGGCAACCUGCCCACAGUGCCUUCCCAGCUUUUCAUCGCGAAUCUUGGGCACACUCCGUGCUGCGGGCAUCCUGCCAGCAGUGCCUUCCAAGCUUUUCAUCGCGAAUCUUGGGUACACUCGGUGCUGCGAGCAGCCUGCCCGCAGUGCCUUUCAAGCUUUUCAUCGCGAAUCUUGGGUUCACUCGGUGCUGCGGGCAGCCUGCCCGCACAGGAGGAGGCCUCUUCCAGCCAGGCACCACAAGGUGCAAAAGGGAGCGGAGCAGCCGAAGCUCCAGCUCGACCGCGCCGCCCUCUCAUAGGCGAGCGCACCGAAGCCCCGAACCAAAGCCGGGGCAGACCAGCAGAGCCCGAAAAGGGCAAAGGCAAGACCGGCCCGAGUGCGGGCCGCCCCGCCUCGGAGUCGGGGAGCCGAACCCCCCGACGCGGGGAAAAGGGAGCAGCAGGGAAGCCCACCAAGGGCAAGCCUGCCAAAGGAGCUGCGCAGCCCGCAAAGGGCAAGGCAGCCCAAGCUGAGGGAGCAGAGCAGCCCGCAAAGGGCAAGCCAGCUCCGGCAGGCAAGUCCAGCAAGGGCAAGCCUGCGGCCCAGGAGCCUGCCCAAGGUUCUGGGAAAAAGAAGAACCACCGAGGUGGUCGUUCCCAAGCGGCCCGCGCCAACCGCGAGGCCCGCGGCGCUGAAAGGCGCGAAAGAGAGGGUACAGACCCGGUCGUCCUCGUAGAGGGCCCGGGGACUGAUAUCCCAGAGCCGCGCACCCCGGAGCAGACUCCUGCAGGUGCCGGCCAGGAGGUACAGAGCCCAAGCAGCUCAGAGUCCUCCUUGGACACUGCACCGGUUAGGGUGCCAGUCUUCACGGGCCCAGCGCCUGGAGAAGACACACCAGACUUCGGGGGAAGCGACUCCGAAGGAGAGCGGGAAGCCCCGCCCGCUGCUGCUGCAGCUUCCUCUUCUAGCGGGGCCGUCCCUGCUAAGAAGGAGGAGCCGGCAGCGCGGGUCGCCCCGCCUGCCUCCGCAGAGGCGGCCGUAGAGCCAGCCGAGGAGGCAAAGCCUGAGGCCUCACCGAAGGCCGCGCUCAAGAAAAGGCGCUCCGGCAGCGAAGGCCCCAACGGUAAAGGCGCCGCCGCCUUGGCUUGGGCCACCGCCUCCGCUUCGGGAGGAACCCAAGGCCGCACAGCCAGGGCCAGCAGUGCGGUACCUCCCGCGCCUCGGGAGGAAGCUCCAGAGGAGGAGCAAGAGCCCACCUCACCAGCCAGCGGUGAGGAAGAGGGAGAGGAGUCCGAAGAGAGCUCCGAGGGCCAAGGGCCGUGCCAGUUCCUCAACGGACUGAGGCACGCAGCGCGCAACAGGCCGAGAGCCCCCUGGGAAGGAAACCCAGAGCUGGCGGAGCAGUACGGAGAAGCCCUGACCUUGCUGGACGAGAUCAGGAUGAGCCAGCAGCCGGCUUAUCCGCCUCCGCAGGGCGACCCCGUGGUCGAGGCUCUGCGCGGGGAAGUGGCAACCCUUAGGGGGUUGUUGGAGAGCCAAGCGCAGCAGCUGCAGGCUGCGAUUGGCGAGCUGCCGGCCCAGAGACAACAGGGCCUAGCUGCAGCAGCCGCUACGGCGGCAGUCGCUACGGCGGCACCCGCCCCUGCGUCGCAGGCGAGCGGUGGAGGGCACUUGCUCAAGAGCAUGCAACUCCCAACCUCCCUUAAGGGGCGAGACGACUGGGAGCGCUUUGCCUUUCAAGCAGAGACCUACCUGGCGGUCGUAGACACCAGGUAUCCAGCUGAGCUGGAGGUGGCUCGAAAGUGCAAGGUGCCACUCCAAAUGGCAACCAUGACCGAGGAAGUGCGGACCCUUAGCGUCCGCCUCUUCGGCAUGCUGGGCAGCUGGACCCAGGACUCCGCCACAGCUGUAAAGCUGGCGCGCGGAGUGAAGGGCCAAAAUGGGUUCGAGCUCUGGCGUCUCCUGUGGCAGGAGCACAACCCAGAGAACGAGUCCAAGAACCUCACCUGGAGGCGGACCCUGCUGAUGCCGAAGUUCCCGCCAAAGGAGAGCGACUUCUCCUUGGCUCUGCAGGAAUGGGAGGCAGACGUGGACCGCUACGCCUCCGAGUAUGGCGCAGGGCGCGCCCUAGCAGACGAAGAUCUGCGGGCAGUGCUGGUGACCGAGAGCCCCAACGCUCUUCGGCAACACCUCGCUAUGCACGCGGCGAGUCUUUCGACUUAUGCCGAGGUGAGGGAAGUAGUGGUGAGCUACUUGCAAGCCAAAAGGGGGACCGAGACGGAAAAGAAGGGAAGGGCAAAGGCGACAAAGGCAAGAAAGGGGACAAGGACCACAAAAAGGGCCGACCACGACCACAAAGGCAAGAAAGGGGACAAAAAGGGGAACCAGCAUGGAGGCAGAGACGGCAAAGAGAGAUGCCCCAUCUGCUGGAAAACGGGGCACACCGUAAAAGAGUGCUGGUUCAACGCCAAGGGAAAAGGCAAAGGCAACAAAGGCCAGGUGGCCCAGGUGGCCGACGACGCGGCCACAACGUUGUCAACAGCCUCCUUGGCGACUGCGGGGCCCUCCGCGUCCCAAGCUGGAGGAAGCACUGGCGGCUCUGGCGGUAAAGGCCAGGUGCGCCAGGUGCGCGACGACCGCAUCUUAGGUGUGCGGUUUGCCCCGCCUCACGACACCGAGCCAGAAGAGGACAAAAUCCUCAAGGUGUCGGGGAGUCUUCUCGUGGACUCCGGGGCGUGUGUGUCCGUGUGCAGGCCCGAGGCGUUUCCCGACCUGCAGCCCGCGGGCCCACCGAAGAGCCUUUACUCGGUGGACAACAGCCGCCUUAAAACAAAGGGCCGUGUCCAGCCGAGCCUCCUCUUAGGGGAGGAGCGCCAGUCCUGCAAGGUCAAUUUUGAGGCCGGUGCGGGCAUUUGGCUCCACCGAGAGGACAGCCACAUUUUGUGGCCCGACGGCGUCCGAGCCUCGAUCCUCAAGAGAGGGUCACAGUUCCUCCUACCCUACGAGCGGGAGCUCCCGCCGGGGUCAACAAACCGGGUGGCACCGGUGGCGGCAGAGCCACCGAGCCCAGGCAAGGACCUGGGACACUACGACUACAUCCCGGAGCAGAAGCAGCAGCCGACGAAGAGGCCGAAGCUGCUGAAGAGGAGGAGGCUGCGGGAACGCGCCGAGCACGAGCUCACUCACACGCCCUACCAGGCGUGGUGCGAGCCCUCAGAUGAUCCGGUGACGCCGCUUGUCACCAUGGAUUAUCAGUUCUACAGCCGGGACGGGAAAGAAGUUGAGGAAGAAGCGUCGCUCGCCACGGUGCUGAACCUCACAGACAGGGCCACUGGCUGGACUCUGUCAGUUCCCGUGGCGCACAAAGGGCGCAGACACGCGGCUUACGUCGUAGGGCUUGUGGAGCAGUUGGUGGAUUGCCUGGGGUACGACAAGUUCACCCUACAGGCCGACCAGGAGAAUGCCAUAGCCUCUGUGGCCCGUGCGGUCCACCGCCGGCUUGGAGCUGCUAGGGUUCGCACUUGGCUGUCGCAGCUAAGAGCGGACUACCCCGCAUUAGAGUGGGACACCUCGUCCAACCUGUUAGGGGUCUGGGCCGGCAAGCUGGAGCGCGACGACUCCCACGUGGUGCUAACCGAAGCUGCGCACUCAACACGGCAGCCGUUCUCAAAGCGUGCGGCCUGCCUUGGAACCCCAGAUUUGGCCGCGCAGCGCCAGCAGCGCAGCGAGCCGAUGAUGGUGCCAAUCCCUCUGGCCACGCCGGCCGAGGAAGUGGAGCGGCUAGAACCGCCCGGUGAGCCCUGGCUCUUCAGCGACGGGCCGCGGCCCGACGACGAGGCCCUCUUAGUCGAAGGGGCCGAGCAGGCCAGCAGGCUCCCGGACGCCAGCCCUACCGAGGAGCUGGCCAACGCAGCAAUACCGGACUACGAGCCGUCCGACGUGGAGGCAGCACCUUCCGCAGCAAGCGCGCUGCCGCAGCACAUCGCUGCCUUAGCCGACCCGCCGCUCACCAACCGCAAGGUCGAGCAGGCACGCAAGGAGCAGCUGAGAAAGCUGUGGGACCGGGGCGCUUUCACGCCUGUGCUGCGGUGUACCUGUGCCGACGUCAAGGCCCGCUACAGCCCAGAACAGGACCGCGGUGCGGCGGAAGGCCGCCCGGUCUACAUGCACGCGCCUGUGGAGUGGCGCGAGCUCUUUGACCAAUGGGUCUUGGAGCAGCCUGUAAAGGACCAGCAGUGGUACCGAGACCACUUCCGGGAGUUUGUGUUCCGAGUGGACGGCAACCUUUACGGCCGAAGAACGGCUGGUUCCGUCUACAGGGACGAGCUGGAAGAAGUCCUCACCGGCAAGCUAGCCAAGGACUACGACUUCCAGCGGGGCGUGAAGGACCCGUGCGUGUACCUAGACCGCCGGUCCGGCCUAAUCCUUCUCCACCACAUCGACGACAUCCGUGUCGCAGGCCCCAAGGCCGCAGUGCUGAAGUUCACGGAGGUGGACCUUCCGACGCACUGUGAGAUAACGGUGGGAGAACUGGAAGAGCCGGGCACAGCGGUGGAGGUCCUGGGAAGGACCAAGGUGCGCACAGAGGACUCUAUCCUCACUCUGCCCGGGACCGUGCAUAGCAGACCUCUAGACCUGACCAAGGUCGAGGAGCUCUCUGCGGGUGACGCCGCGAGGUUCCGCAGCGCCGUGGGUAGUGCUAUCUACCUGUCGGCGGACAGGCGAGACAUACAGUUCGCCGUGAAAGAGCUGGCGCGAAGAAUGCAGAACCCCAGGGUCUGCGACUGGCUCGCUGCGGAAACUCUCGCGCGAUACCUGCGGGCAACCCCGCGGUUUGGAAGGGUAGUUGUGCUGGACCCCGCGUCCAAGAGCACAGCCCUUCUGAACUUGGAGGUCUACUCCGACUCCGACUGGGCAGGGUGCCCAGAAACGAGAAGGAGCACAGACAACAUAGUUGCCUGUCUCCGGGGAGCAGUCAUCCAGACAAGCUGCCAGACACAGCACGGCCUCCCAGCCACCUCCAGCGGAGACGCGGAGAUCCGGGGAGUGUCGCGAGCAGCAAGGGAGGCCGUCUUCCUACGAGAGCUAGCGGAGAAAGACUUCGCCCUAGCCUGCGGCUUGCCGCGGCUCUGGGCCGACUCCGCAGCUUCGAUCGGAGCCGCCAAACGCAUAGGACCAGGGUCUAAGUUGAGACACCUGGAAGUUGCAGAAUUCUAUGUACAAGGUGCGCUCAGAGCCAAACUUCUCGAACUGAGAAAAGUUAAGGGAACCGAAAAUCCGGCAAACUUCGCUACCAAGCACGCGAAGACUGGACCGGAGGUGCGGCAAUCCCUGCCCUCCAUAGGCAUGGUGGACCUCGAUGCGGUCGCAGGCGCCACCGAGGCUCUGGCCCAAAAGGGCACGAUCAAGGCGAUCCAGGCAAGCCCCUGGAAAAUGAGACCGCCGACCAAGCUUGCAAGCUCGGCGCUCAUGGCCACAAUCGUGGCGCUGCAGGUACGACCUGCCAAGGCCCAAGGGCACGACUUCGCAGAGCUGGUGCUCGGCUUCGCGGCCCUAGGCUUCCUGGCCUUCCUGUGGAUGCUUUGGGGUUUAGUCUCCUGGCUCUGCAGGUGCAGACGUGACAGGCAGGAGCCGGAGCCCGAGGAUGAGAUCGAGCACCACGCCGAGCGUGCCGAAGAGCCGCCGCGUGCAGCUCAAAGGGCCACUGAGAUCUGGCUGGGCCAGAAGAAGAAGCCAAACCAGGCGAGGUGGGCAGCAGCCCAGGGGGGCUCAAGAGCCAGAGCCUGA